AGCACCACAGAAGUAUCCGUGUAGCCUAUAAAUACAAACCCUAAGCUGACAUCUCCUCUCACCAAUCAAAACACAAAAAAACACAACAAAACUCAAUAAAUAAACAAAUGGCAGACAACAAGCAGAGCUUCCAAGCCGGUCAAGCCGCUGGUCGUGCUGAGGAGAAGGGUAAUGUGCUGAUGGACAAGGUCAAGGAUGCUGCUACCGCAGCUGGAGCGUCUGCGCAAACCGCGGGACAGAAGAUAACGGAGGCGGCAGGGGGAGCCGUUAAUCUCGUGAAGGAGAAGACCGGCAUGAACAAGUAGCCCCAUUGGAAAUAAAAUUGGGAGUUAUAGUUUCCCUUUUUAAUGUUAAUCGUUGUGGUUUUAAAUAAAAAUUGGGUGUUCUAAUUGAUCUUCACCGUAGUUGUUGUUGUUGUUGUUUUUAGUGUUUGAAGUAAUGUUUUCAACCUUUAGGUGUAUGUCUUGAUGUUUAUGUACUUAGUUCCCCCUUAAUGAACAUCUGAUUUAAGCUUCAA